CUCUUCCUUGUUUCACAUCGCCUACUGUGUGCCGUUCAACGUACAGAGUAUGAUACGAUCUGCCCAAUCCAUUUUCAGGUUGUUGGGUAAAAACCAGGGAACAGAGACGGCGGUUUUCCACACACCUUGCAACGAAAUUGAACAGGGCGCUUCGCUGAGUUGUAUUUGUGUACCGACGCGGACCAAGACUCCCUAAAGCGCUCGUGUUAGUGCUGCUAGCGACAAGCGUCAUGGCAAAGAAUACAGUGCUGGCCGCCGUUCUGAUCGGCUUUGCUGCUGUUGUUUUCGCCCUUGCAGUAACAGUAAACGCUCAUCCGAAAUGGGCCACUUGCAAGUUAAUCUCCUUUGACCACAAUAUAGAGACAGAAUUCGGACUUUGGAAGAGAUGUGGACAAACUGAUGACGUUUUUUCCCCUGGGCGUAUCUGCCUGAGCUAUCCGAGUGCAUUCCUGAAAGCCACAGCCUCCUUGCGGAGUGCUCAGGCAUUCGGCAUACUGUCUGCUUUGGCUUCCGCUUUGGCCUUGUGCUUGUCAGCUUCGACGGGGUUUCCAAAUCUUUGGCCUGACAACCUCAAGAAGUACGUGGUCUAUGCACCUUGCUUAGGGUUUGGACUUUCAGCACUAUUCUUGGUACUAUGUGCCGGAAGCUUCACUGCUUUCCUUAAAACCGAUCUGCUUGAUGAAUACUGCAAGGCUUCAAGCAUCUACAUCCUGGCGUGGGUCUCCGGUGGUAUUGCUAUGGUGGGUGGCUUGGUUCCGUUGGUUUUCUCCUUCUUCAGGUCUUCAGCUAACGAGGCUAUCCCAGUUCAGCAGUUGGUUAAUAAACCAAUCUGACAGCCAACAUCCAGACAACAUUCGUCUUCAGAGCACGCAAUCUUUAAUACUGUUGUCCUAUGCUCUGGAUUCAUUCCACGUAGAGUAGCGCUGUCAUAGAGCACUGUAUAUUUGCUAACAAGUUGCCUCUGGCGUCUUUCUAUCCUUUUUUCACUUUUUCUCUUCGUCCUUUUCUUCUUCAUUAGCUGUUGGCGAAGACUACCUCGAUUUAGUUUAAGCCCUGUGGAGAAUCCAUAGAUAUCAACAGCACACGGAAAACUUCAUAUGGCUAGGCAUACAUGUAUAGACACCUAACGUGGCCUAGAGGUUGCUAAUCUAACCGGCUUUUUAUUCGCAGUUGCUACAUAUGGUCAUGACGGGUAACUCUACUACACACAGCCGCACCAACUCCUUACCUAAGCAAAAGAAAGAAAAAUACCCUUCCGAAUCCUUCCAAAUCUUUCCAGAUUAUCUCCCAGGAGGGCACCAUCAGGUAUUUCAUUUUUGUAGCCAAGGAUAUUGUUGUGGAUGUGUGCCUUAGAGUAACCAUCAGUUUCUUUCUUUCUCACAUUGUUCAUGUGAUCGGUAAUCUCCCUUGCACUCUGUUGUUUCCUUUCAUUGA